CCGCGCAUAAUACAUGCACAAGAGCACCAUUCAGCUUCAGCUCCAACUUCUUUCCAUUACAUUCCUUGCAUGCCAAACUCAUUAGCCUAUUCUCUGCUCCCUUAUAUUCUACUCUUGUUGUCUGAAGUAGUCAUAACCCUCAAGUACUUCUGUUUUAUUUUAUUUUUGAGCGUUUGGGUGUAGUACUCGCCUGGAACGUUUCAAGUUGUUCCUCCAUACCCUUCAGAAUAGCAGACUACGUGAUCCUCCUGCUAUCUAUCAACCAACUAUGAGAUGCAUCAACAGCAGCCGUCGGGUCAGAGCUCUUCUUGUUUUGACAGCCAUAACAUGGUCCACGAUUGCCAAUUUACCACUUUCUGGAGCCACUGCGCUACCGCAACAGCAACAGGAUGGUUCUAUAGUUUCUUCAUCUUUACUAUAUGAUGCAAUUAAACCCCAUAGCUUUGACCCCAUUACAGUGCUAUCGGAUGGCGACGAUAGAGGUAUCUCUUUGGCAAGCCCACUCUUGGCUGUGAUGGCACAACAAAGGCUAGGAGAUAGACCUGCAGACUGCCCACCAUGCUUCAACUGUUUGUUGGAUGCAUUCCCUUGUUCACACUUCGCGCCCUGUAAUCAAUAUGAUGGACGGUGCGUCUGUCCACCGGGAUUUGCAGGUGAUAACUGCUCUGUGCCAGUUUGUGGGGCUUUAUCUGAUGGCAAAGAUAGGCCCCAGCGUGGUGAGGAUGAGAAGUGUAAGUGCAAGGAUGGCUGGUCGGGCAUUAAUUGCAAUGUCUGUAUUGCAGAUCAUGUUUGUGAUUCGCUUGUCCCUUCUGGCAAAAAUGGCACCUGUUAUGAUGGAGGACUCACGGUGUUUGAGAACUUUCAGCAGUGUGAUGUCACCAAUCGAAAGAUUCUGGACACGCUAGGUCCAGAUUUGCCACCUGCGGUCACCUUUUCGUGCAACCAACGGAACAAAACUUGUGAUCUUCAAUUCUGGGUGAAUGAAGUCGAGUCAUUCUAUUGUCACUUGAGCGAAUGUUCGUUUGCACAGGAUGUGCAAUACGAUAAGACCGUGACGACGUACAAAUGUCCAAAAAUCAAGUGUUCAUGUAUCCCAGAUCGUAUGCUUUGUGGCAAGGAUGGAAGUGUCAAUAUUGAUGACUUUUUAGAAGAGGAGAUUCAUGGGCCUGGCGAUUUUGAAUGCUCAGGCGGCAAGUGUACCUUUCAAGAGCCUGCAAUGAACGAGCUUAUUAUGGAUAUGUUUGGUGAUCCUGCUAUCUACCUCAAAUGCCACAGUGGUGAAUGUUUGCACUAUACUCAGGUCCCAGGAUUCACGCGCCCUCCGCGACCGGACUACACAAAGGCAAUCAUUCUUUCGAUUGGAGGUGUCUUUGCUUUUUUGAUCGGUCUCGGCAUCGCCGUAUGUUACUUAUCUAGGAAAGCAUCCUCUUCGGACGGUCGCGGCGUCAUCUCGCUUCCAGAUGACGAGACUUCAAAACUAAUGGCAGAACAUAUUCCAGCAACACUGAUGUUCAAAAACCUGAGCUAUUCCGUCGAAGGAAAAGAGGUUCUGAGCCAAGUAAGUGGGCUGGUGAAGCCAGGACAAGUCAUGGCAAUCAUGGGUGCAAGUGGAGCGGGUAAGACGAGUCUUUUGGACAUUUUGGCAAGGCGCUAUAAGGCUGGAACUAUUUCAGGUUAUAUCUAUGUAAAUGGACGAACAGUCUCAGAUCAGGAAUACAAGCAGGUCGUUGGAUAUGUGGAUCAGGAAGAUACAUUGAUGUCUACACUGACAGUGUAUGAGACUAUACUUUACUCUGCACUUUUACGCCUUCCUCGCGACAUGUCAUAUGAUGCUAAGCGUUACCGUGUCCUCGAAACUAUGUCAGAGCUCGGAAUAUUGGGGAUUAAAGACAUGAAGAUCGGCUCUAGUGGUCAACGAUCGAUUUCGGGUGGUGAGAAGCGUCGUGUCUCUAUUGCUUGCGAGCUAGUCACAUCACCAUCGAUAUUGUUUUUGGAUGAACCUACCUCAGGCUUGGAUUCUUACAACGCAAACAAUGUGAUUGAAAGUUUAGUGACAUUGGCAAGGACCUAUCAUCGAACGGUCGUCUGCACCAUCCAUCAGCCUCGGAGCAAUAUCUUUGCCAUGUUUGAUCAUUUAGUCCUCUUAGCGAAGGGUGAAAUGAUCUUUUCGGGCGAAACUAGAGAGCUGAAUGCACAUUUAAGACGGUUGGGCCACCCGUGCCCUGAGGGAUAUAAUAUGGCGGACUACAUGUUAGAUCUAACUAUGCACACGGGUAAAAGCCCAAGUAGGCCUGAAGAAGGAGUUGGAAAUAAUGGCUUGGAAUCGUAUACACAACGUAAUCCCAUCUUGAGCGGGGACACAUCUGAGGGACCUUCAGAAGAAUCAGCACUGAGAUUCAAUGGUAUGUCUUCAUUCGCGCGUAUGCCGAGUAUGGCAGAUGAUACGCGCCAAUGGGAAAGUGCUUUGGCUUCAAGAGAACAUGGGCGAUCAGUCCUUGGCGGUUCUACCGAAAACAUAGCCAUUGGCAUCGACCCACCUGCCCUGUUGAAUGAGGAUACCUCUGCUCGGCUUACUACUGAAGAAGAGGCAUUAGCAGCAACUCAUCUUCAAGCACUUGUGGACGGCUUCAAGCAGAGUACGCUUUUGGCAGAGGUAGAGCAAGAUAUUGAUACGGCAGUAAUGGUCGCAUCUGCACCCGAUGGUAUUGAUAGCGGCAGUAAUAAUAAUGGACAAAACAUCCCAGCACCAGGAUCAAGCCAACAACAGCGGCAACAACAGCCAGUUCUUUCUGAGAAAGCUGUAGCCAUCUUCCGUCGAGCUUCAUGGUGGACUCAGUUCAGAAUUUUGACGGACCGAACACUCAAGAAUAUCUACCGUGAUCCGAUGCUGAUGUUAUCUCAUUACGUGAUGUCGAUUUUUCUGGGUCUCCUUUGUGGCGCUCUUUUCUACAAGGUCACCAAUGAUAUUCCUGGGUUCCAGAAUCGAAUGGGGGUCUUCUUUUUUAUGUGUGCGCUCUUUGGGUUCUCAUGCUUAUCAAUCUUGCCAUCAUUUGCGCAAGAACGAAUUUUGUUUGUGAGGGAGCGCGCCAACGGAUACUAUUCACCCUUCAUGUAUUUUGUCUCAAAAGUCCUGUUUGAUAUUGUACCGCUUCGAGUAAUUCCCCCAAUGCUGAUGGGCUUAAUUAUCUAUAAUAUGGUUGGGCUUGUGGAGGGUUGGACUGAGUUUGGAAAGUUCUUCUUAGUCUUAGCGUUAUUUAACAUCACGACAUCUGGCGUAUGUCUGAUGAUCGGUAUUCUCUUUGAAGCAGUUGGCGUGGCCAACUUGAUGGGCAGCCUUGUCAUGCUGUUUUCGAUGCUCUUCGGAGGACUCUUAUUGAACAAAGAAUCCAUACCCGACGAGUUGUCUUGGCUUCAGAAGCUUUCUUUCUUCAACUUUGCAUUUGAGGCAUUGCUUGUUAAUGAGAUUACUUUUCUUCAGCUCGUUCAAAAAGAAUACGGACUUGAGAUUGAUGUCCCUGGCGCAGUUAUUCUGUCAACAUUCGGAUUCAACUCUGGUGCAUAUUGGAGGGACAUCCAGAAUCUGGCAAUCAUGGCCGGGACCUUCUUUGCCAUCGCCUUUCUCUGGCUUCAGUUCCGAGUGAACGAACGAAGAUGAGCUUAUUCACGUAAUAUAUCAUUCUUUUCUAUCUCCCCAACUUAUACUGUAAAUAAAUUAUAAUAGCUUGAC